UAAAUAAAAGGCAUUUAUGAAAACUAGUAUCAGUAGAUAUGGUUGGCUACAGAAAAUCAUCUGAAAAUAAGUAAAAGGGCAUUUAUGAAAACUGCUAUCAGAAGAUAUACUUAGCUACAAAAAAAAACAUCUGAAUGUUUCACAAACUUAUUAGGCGUGUAUGGGCCCUCCAGAAUAUAAUAAGCACCGAUAGGAGCAGAUUAAAACUCAUACAAGAAGAUGGUUCUGAUGGCACACCCUGCUCUUCUCCUGGUGCUCCUCCUCUCUUCCCCUGCAAUUUCUUCCUCCAAGAGAAUCCAGCCCAAGUUUCCGGCCAUCUUCUACUUUGGCGACUCCGUUCUUGAUACCGGCAACAACAAUCGUCUCCCUACGGUGGCCUUGGCAAACCAUGUUCCUUACGGGAGGGACUUCCCAGGGAAGAAGCCGACAGGGAGGUUCUCCAAUGGCCGGCUCGUUCCAGACCUCCUCAAUCAGAGGCUGCAGCUCAAGGAAUUCUCUCCGCCAUACCUGGAUUCCAAGCUGUCGAACAACGACAUCAUGACAGGGGUCAACUUUGCGUCUGCGGGUUCAGGGUUCGAUGACAAGACGUCGCAGCUGGCCAAUACCCUGCCAAUGUCGAAGCAGGUGAACCUCUUCAGGGACUACCUCAUCCGGCUCAGGAACAUUGUUGGAGAUAAGAACGCUUCCAGGAUCAUUGCCAGCUCCCUGAUUUUUGUCAGCUCAGGGACCAAUGAUUUCUCACAUUACUACCGUUCGUCAAAGAAGAAGAAGAUGGACAUUGGUGAAUACCAAGAUACUGUUCUCCAGAUGGUACAAGCUCGUGUCAAGGAACUAUAUGACCUUGGGGGCCGCCAAUUCUCCUUGGCAGGCCUUCCCCCGUUUGGUUGCACACCUAUCCAAAUCACAUUGAGCAGAGACCCUGACAGGGCAUGCGUGGAUGAGCAGAACUGGGAUGCUCAGGUCUACAACUCUAAACUUCAAGAAUUACUUCCAACAUUGCAAGGCUCACUCCAUGGAAGCAAAAUUGUGUACCUAGAUGCAUACAGGGCUCUCAUGGAGAUCCUUGAGGAGCCCGCGAAAUAUGGAUUUACAGAAACAACACGAGGAUGUUGCGGGACUGGGCUCAGAGAGGUUGCCCUGCUUUGCAAUGCAUUCACUCCUAUCUGCAAAAAUGUGUCGUCCUAUGUAUUUUACGAUGCUGUGCACCCAACAGAAAGGGUAUACAUGUUAGUAAAUGACUACAUAGUGAAAAAUGUUAUUCCACAGUUUUAAUUAAUCACAUAUCCAUAUAAGGUUUUCUCCUUGUAUUAAUGCACACAUCUUAUUUUGGCUUCAUACUUUAAGUCCUUAUGUAAGAGCUCCUUCAAUGCCACCUAUCGUUAUAACAUCUGAUUGCUCACUGGAUUA